AUGGCUACAAAAUCGUUAAAACCCAAAGGUGGAUCAUGUUGUGCAGUAGCGACAUGCAUUAACUAUGCUGGCAAGGUGAAGCGAGAUGGAAAAACUAAUAUAUCAUUUUACAGAUUUCCAAAAGACCCAGAGUUGCAAAAGAAGUGGACACUUAAGUGUAGGAGAGGAGAUAAUAUAACUCCUAGUUUAUCAUACAUGUGUUUUAGUGAUGAUGCAUAUAUUCGAGAUCUUAAAGCCGAACUCUUAGCAUAUACUCCUAAAUUUCGUAAAUUAAAACCCGAUGCCUACCAUUAA